AAUUAAACCACCUUAGAGUAACAUGACAUGGUUGAAGUUGUCAUUGCGUUGGAGCCGUAUGAGCGCGGCGGCUCAGUGCUAGGUAACGGUACCGACUCUAACACAAGGAACAGAAGUUCGGCUACUCCACUUCUCGAUAAGGACUCUGAUAGCGACGACUCAUUCGACGAGGUUAUCUACCAGAUACAAGCUAGAAAUAAGAAAUACCAGCACAAGAACCAGUACUCCAAGCCCGGCAUGUCUUGCACUCAGAGUUGCGGACAAUGCCUGGGUAGUAUGAACUGUUGUAAACCUCCUGAGCUAUUGGAGAGGAAAGUCUUCCUUGGUCAGCCGACACCAACGAAGUUUGCUAAGAAUGAAGUGAGAAAUACCAAAUAUAACCUGUUGACAUUCAUCCCCAAAGUUUUGUGGGAACAGUUCAAGGUGUUUAUCAAUCUCUACUUCCUGGUAGUGGCAAUCACUCAGCUGAUCCCCUCACUGCGUGUAACGUAUGUUUACACUUCGUGGCUCCCCCUUGGGUUUGUUAUCUUUAUAACCAUGUGCAGAGAAGCGUUCGAUGAUAUCAAGAGAAGAUUGAGAGAUAACGAAGUAAACAGUGCGGUUUACAAGAAACUAACUCCGGGAGGCGUUGUCAAGAUUUCCUCUGAUAAAAUCAAAGUUGGAGACCUCAUCUAUAUUGAGAAAGACGAGCGUGUUCCUGCAGAUGUGAUCCUGCUGAGCACGACAGAAAGGGCAGGUUCCUGUUUUAUCAGGACUGACCAACUAGACGGGGAGACCGAUUGGAAACUAAGGCUAGCCGUGGGAACCACUCAAAAACUACCGUCUGAUGCGGAUGUGUUAAGGUGUGGUCCCUCAAUAUACGCUGAGAAACCCCAGAAGGACAUCCAUAACUUUAUUGGAAACUUCUAUUCGGCGCUGCCGGUAGAUACAGAAGAGCCUUUAAACAUAGAAAACACCAUGUGGGCCAAUACAGUGGUUGCUAACGGAACCGCACUUGGAGCUGUAAUCUACACUGGUAGAGAGACCAGAAGCAGCAUGAACACCAGUGAUGCACCCAGCAAGAUAGGACACACUGACGCCGAGAUUAACAACCUGACCAAGUUGCUGUUCCUACUAACGGUAGCUCUGUCCACUGCUCUAGUGCUGCUCAAGGGUGCCACCAAGGAGUGGUACAAAUACUUCAUUAGAUUCAUCGUCCUUUUCUCUUAUAUCAUCCCCAUCAAUCUGCGAGUGAACCUGGACCUCUCUAAGAUAUGGUACAGUAUAUGUAUCCACAAGGAUGAUCAGAUACCGGAUACGGUGGUAAGGAACACGACCAUACCUGAGGAACUUGGCAGGAUAAGUUAUCUUCUCUCCGACAAGACCGGGACUCUCACCCAGAACGAGAUGGUAUUUAAGAAGUUACACUUGGGAACAGUCUCGUUUGGUACCGAAUCCUUUCCUGAAGUAAAAGAACAUCUUACCAAUGAGUACGAUAACGGGGCGAAACAGGGAACCAAGGUUCGUAAAACCCUGGCGUACCGAGUAAAGGAGUCAGUGCGAGCACUAGCUGUGUGCCAUAAUGUUACACCCAGUGGUACUGACGAGUCUGCUGAGGAGGAGGGGAAGGAGGGCGAGAUCAACCAGACGUUCGAUCACUCUGUGACGGAGAAGAUGCAAUAUCAGGCUGCCUCCCCAGACGAAGUAGCUCUUGUAGAGUGGACAGAGGAGGUAAACCUAACACUGGUCUACAGAGACCGUCAGAUAAUGAGACUGCGAACACCAAAUGGUGAGAUAGAAGAGUUUGAGAUCCUCCUUAUAUUCCCCUUCACGAGCGAGAGCAAGAGGAUGGGCAUUAUUGUCAAGGAUACCGCUACUGGGGAGAUCACUUUCGUUAUGAAGGGGGCUGAUGUGGUUAUGGCUAAUAUUGUUCAGUACAAUGACUGGCUGGAGGAGGAAUGUGAUAACAUGGCAAGAGAAGGACUCAGGACCCUGGUAGUUGCCAAGAAGAUGCUCUCUCAGGAACAGUAUGAUGACUUUGAGAGACGGUACACGGAGGCUAAACUCAGUAUUAAUGAUAGGGCCAGACAGAUGAGACAAGUACAGCUGACAAUGGAAGGAGACAUGCAGUUGCUGUGUGUAACCGGUGUGGAAGAUAAGCUGCAACCUGAUGUCAGAACAAGUCUUGAACUACUUGCUAAUGCUGGCAUCAAGGUGUGGAUGUUAACGGGAGAUAAGUUGGAGACUGCUACUAACAUAGCCAUCUCAUCACGACUGGUGUCUCGCAUGACUCCAAUAUACCAGUUUAAACCUGUCAAGACCAGAACUGAGGCUCAUAACGAGCUCAACAACUUUAGAAAACACAAUGAAAAUGCUCUUAUAAUCUUGGGAGAUUCACUGAUGACCUGUUUGGAGCACUACGAACAAGAAUUUGUUGAGUUAGCCAUGAUGUCGCCAGCAGUUGUUGUAUGCAGAUGUAGUCCUACUCAGAAGGCUAACAUUGUAUACCUUAUCAAGAAACACAGCAACAAACCUGUCGCUGCUAUUGGAGAUGGAGGUAACGAUGUGAGCAUGAUACAAGCAGCAGAUGCGGGUAUUGGUAUCGUGGGAAAAGAGGGCAAACAGGCCUCGCUAGCUGCUGAUUUCUCAAUCACGCAGUUUAGUUAUGUGGGGAGAUUAUUGCUGUGGCACGGCAGAAACAGUUAUAACCGAUGUGCGUCUCUGUCUCAAUUCAUCAUUCACCGUGGUCUUAUAAUCUCAGUAAUGCAGGCUAUCUUUUCUGCAGUCUUCUUCUUUGUCUCUAUUUCGCUCUACCAAGGAGUUUUACUGAUCGGUUACUCCUCCUUCUUUACUAUGGGCCCCGUGUUCCUGCUGGUCCUGGACGUGGACGUGGAAGCUAAGAUUGCCAUGAUGUAUCCAGAGUUGUACAAAGAAAUGCAGAAAGGUCGGGUGUUGUCGUACAAAACAUUCUUCAUGUGGAUUCUUGUGUCAGUCUACCAGGGAGCUGCUAUCAUGUACCUUGGUAUCCUUCUCUUUAAAGAGGAUUUUAUCCACGUGAUAGCGAUCACGUUUACUGUACUGAUAGUUACGGAACUGUUGAUGGUGGUGGUUACUGUGCGCACGUGGCAUUGGCUCAUGGCUGUAGCUCAGAUAUUCUCCCUGGGAUGCUACUUCCUAGCGCUAGUUUUCCUGCCGGAAUACUUUGACCCAGAGUUUCUCACCUCUACCAACUUUCUGCUAAAGUUUGUAGCACUCACUGCUGCUAGUUGUUUACCCCUCUUCAUUAUGAAGUACCUCCGUACACGAUUCGCUCCUCCCAUUUACGCCAAGUUACAGCAGUCCGGAUAGAAUUGACGCCACACACGACGAAGUCCGUCUUAUGUGACGUCACAACUACUCACGUGACGUCACUACCCUUUACGUGACGUCACAACUACUUACGUGACGUCACUACCCUUCACGUGAUCUGUCCGGCCCUAGUUUGCCAACAAACUGAAUUUUCGUAGAAGAAUAACGGGGUUUUUAAAAAGUUUUUGGGAUUGAUCAGCUCAUAAUUAUGGCCACUUAAGCUGCAUUUCACCAGAUUAGAUUUAGGGCUAAUAAGGUAAUCUAGAACUGCAUGUAAAAUAGGCAUGGAAAUUCAUGAAGUGUUCAUGGUUCAUUCUAGCAUCAAGUCACAAGAUUGGGUAAGCUGAUAGUUCAUAGUUGGUAUACUGUAUUAUAGUUUUACGUUAAUCAGCGAUAAGAGAAGUGACAAUAAUCAUCGUAUUAGUAAAACCUUACUAUCUUACCAAAAUUGUAUUUUCGUUGUGAAUAUUGAAAUCUAAAUUCAUUUUGUAAUUGAAGUAGGGAUUGUAUUUGAUUUGAGUUGUGUAAUUUUGCGAAGUGGCAUUCGAUAUUUCAUAUAAACGAAUUGAUUUCUGUUUUAAAACUUUAAAAGUAUAAAUGCAGUGCAUUUCAAGCUAUACUAAAACCAUGUCUUAGAAAAUUAAGUGACUACCACAAAAGUUAUAAAUCGUUAGUCAUUAAGAUAAUUUUCCUAGCCACGGUAUUCGCCUUUUUUUCAAAGUGUGCAACGUUUUGAAGUUGAAACCAGGUUUAAUUUGAAGUUUAAUCUUGAUGUGUAAUUUAACUUUUUGAAUUGGUUUGACACCACUUAUUUCAA